CACUGAGCUAUAUCCCCAGCCCCAUGGUUCUUCCUUAGGGACCCGUCAGAGCUGAAAUGAAUCCCAGGGAAGAAAAAGUAAAAAUAAUUACAGAGGAAUCCACUGAAAAUGACAAGGAGGCGGAUGAUGCGGGAAGGCGGAAGAAGAGCUCAAAGGUUCAAAGACAAAGAAGAAAGAGACAGCCACCAACAGCUGGCCCCAAGGAAAUGCUGUCAGAAAAGGCCCAUGGUGGCUCCCAGCAGGAGCUGGGGCAGGAAGAGCCUGAGACGCACCUCUUGAGUGUGCCAGCCCGGCGGGGAGCUCGCGGCUUACCUCCAAUUCCUUCCGUGUCCAGAACGGGCUUUGCAGAAUUUUCCAUGAGGGAGCGCCUGCGGGAGAAACUGCAAGCUGCGAGGUCCAAGGCAGAAAGUGUACUACUGCAGGACAUUCCCACCCCAAGACCCAGGCGCCUACGAAGUCCCACUGAGAAAGAAUCGGAGACUGGAUUCGGCACAGAGCCAAGUAAAGAGAUACAAGCAGCUCCACACGAAGAUGAUUCCCAAAGUUAUUCAAGAGCAAAGUUCCGUGAUGCUGCACGAAAAAUCAAGUCUAAACCCCAGGCCCCACCUGGCUUCCCUUCUGCAGAAGAGGCCUAUAACUUCUUCACCUUCAACUUCGAUCCUGAGCCAGAAAAACCCACGGAAAAAGCAAAAGCAAAAGACAGAGAUGGAACCAAUCAGGAGGAGGAUGAAGGGGAGGAAGAAGAAUCACCCGCAGGAGGCGUGAACAAAACGGAUGAAGAAGAGCUGCUCAGUGGUAAGGAAGCCAAGGACUUCCUGUUGGGUUUGGAUGCUGCAGCUGAUGAUUUUGUGGCAGUCCAACCCGCAGAAUACGAAAGCAUCCACACCUGGCUGGAAAAGGAAAAGGAAAUGCUCUUUAUCCCCAGUAGGCAAGCAGUGCCGACCUACAAGAAGCUUCCCGAGAACGUGCAGCCCAGAUUCCUGGAGGACGAGGGCCUGUACACCGGGGCGAGGCCGGAGGUGGCGCGUGCCAGCCAGAACAUCGCUGAGAACCGGCUGCUGCGGCAGGAGCACGGGAGGAAGUGGUUCGGUGACGAUGGCAGAAUCCUGGCUCUGCCCAGCCCCAUCAAACCCUUUCCCUCCCGGCCACCGCCACUGGCCCAGGAGCCCCGUGCCAUGGCAGGACUGGAGACGCUGUAUAAAAAGGCCGUGAAGUACGUGCACAGGACUCAGCAUAUGAUUGGAUCUGGAGACCCUCCUGGAAAUUUCCAACUGGACAUAGAUAUUUCAGGUUUAAUCUUCACUCAUCACCCCUGUUUUAGCCGAGAGCACGUUUUGGCAGCCAAGCUGGCCCAGUUAUACGACCAGUACCUUGCCAGACACCAGAGAAACAAGGCAAAAUUUCUUACGGAUAAGCUCCAAGCUCUAAGAAAUGCAGUUCGCACUGGCCUUCACCCAGAAAAACCUCAUCAGUCUCUUGAUGCCACCCAAAAGACCAUCGAUGAAUAUAAAUCUGAAAUUCGGGAAACAAGAAAACUGCGUGAUGCUGAACAAGAAAAAGACCGAACACUGCUCAAGACCAUCAUAAAAGUGUGGAAAGAGAUGAAAUCCCUUCGAGAGUUCCAGAGGUUUACGAAUACGCCCUUGAAACUUGUUCUGAGAAAGGAAAAAGUUGACCAGAAAGCAGAUGAAGAAGCGUAUGAAGCGGAGAUUCAAGCUGAAAUACGUGAGUGGAUGGAAGAGCACACGGAGGAGUACGAACAGAAGAUGGAAGACUACAGGGCAUCAUACCAGCAAUGGAAAGCUUGGAAAAAAGCCCAGAAGGCCAAGAAGAAGAAAAAGAAACAAGCAGAGGAGCAUCCCGAGGAAGAGACUGAAGAGGAGCCCUAUCCCGGGGAGGAGCCUGUGAAGCCCGUUCCCCCGGGCCCCCCAGACCAGGCAGUCCUAGAACAGCAGGCGAGGGAGCACGCAGCGCACACCAGGAGGCGGCCCGGAGAGCCCAUGUUGCUCCCAGAGCUGAGCUUGGCGGGGAGCGUGACACCCAGUGACCAGUGUCCUAGGGCGGAGGUCUUGCGGAGGGAAGAUGUGAAGCGACGCUUGGUGUAUUUAAAGGUCCUCUUCAACAGCAAGGAGGUGUCCAGGACAGUGAGUCGGCAACUAGGGGCAGACUUCCGUGUUCACUUUGGACAGAUUUUCAAUUUGCAAAUAUUCAACUGGCCGGAGAGUUUAACGCUUCAGGUCUAUGAAACAGUUGGACACACCAGUACUGCCUUGCUAGCAGAAGUGUUCCUGCCUAUCCCUGAGACUACCAUUGUCACCGGAAGGGCUCCCUUGGAGGAAGUGGAGUUUAGCAGUAAUCAGCACGUGACCCUGGACCAUGAGGGCGUUGGAAGUGGCGUGCCCUUCUCCUUCGAAGCUGACGGCAGUAACCAACUGAUUCUCAUGACCUCGGGGAGAGUGUCCCACAGCGUGACGUGGGCCGUGGGGGAAAACGGCACCCCACUGAUUCCCCCACUGUCACAGCAGAACAUUGGAUUUCGGAGUGCUUUGAAGAGAGCUGAUGCCAUCUCAUCAAUUGGCACCUCAGGACUGAUGGACAUGAAGAAGCUGGCCAAGUGGGCUGCUGAGUCAAAGCUGGACCCAAACGACCCCAACAACGCCCCUCUGAUGCAGGUGAUCUCGGUUGCUACCAGUGGAGAAUCCUAUGUCCCUGAUUUCUUUCGACUGGAACAGCUGCAACAGGAAUUUAACUUUGUCACCAGUGAAGAAUUAAAUAGAUCCAAACGAUUCAGGCUUCUUCAUCUUAGAAGCCAAGAGGUGCCAGAAUUCCGAAAUUAUAAGCAAAUUCCGGCAUAUGACCGAGAAAUUAUGGAAAAAGUAUUCCAGGACUACGAGAAGCGGUUACGAGACAAAAGUGUAAUUGAAACCAAGGACCACAUAGACACCCACCGGGCCAUCGUAGCCAAGUACCUCCAGCAGGUUAGAGAAUCAGUAGUAAAUCGUUUCCUAAUUGCAAAACACCAUUUUCUUCUUGCUGAUUUGGUAGUAGAAGAAGAAGUUCCCAAUAUCAGCAUUUUGGGCCUAAGCCUUUUCAAGCUGGCAGAACAAAAGCGACCACUGAGACCAAGGCGAAAAGGCCGGAAGAAAGUGACAGCCCAAAACCUUUCUGACGGAGACAUAAAGCUGCUGGUGAACAUCUGCCGGGCUUAUGACAUUCCAGUGAGGAAGCCCACAGCAAGCAAAUCCCAGCAGCCGGCGAGGGCUUCGAGGACUCUCGGUGAGAAGCACGCUGCUUCCCCAAGCGCACACAGCCCCGACAGCCCCCUCGGUCAGGUUUUAGUGCGGCCUUUUGUAGAAGUCUCUUUUCAACGGACAGUUUGCCACACAACCACAGCUGAAGGACCAAAUCCCAGCUGGAAUGAAGAGCUUGAAUUUCCAUUCAGGGCCCCGAAUGGGGAUUACAGCACAGCCAGUUUACAGUCGGUGAAAGAUGAUGUGUUCAUUAACAUUUUUGACGAAGUGCUGCAUGACAUCUUAGAGGACGAUCGGGAAAGAGGAAGUGGAAUCCACACUCGGAUUGAGAGACACUGGUUAGGAUGUGUGAAGUUUCCAUUUAGCACCAUAUAUUCCCAGGCAAGGAUUGAUGGAACAUUUAAAAUAGAUAUUCCCCCGGUUCUCCUGGGCUACAGUAAGGAGCGAAACAUGAUUAUUGAGCGAGGCCUUGAUCCGGUUCGAAGCUUAAGCGAAAGUUCCUAUAUCACGCUGUUCAUUACCAUUGAGCCGCAGCUGGUUCCAGGAGAGUCAGUUCGGGAGAAGUUUGAUUCUCAGGAAGAUGAGAAAUUGCUUCAAGCAACAGAGAAGUUUCAAACUGAGUGUGCCUUAAAGUUCCCGAAUCGGCAGUGCCUUACGACAGUAAUUGACAUAAAUGGAAAAACAGUUUUCAUUACUCGCUAUCUCAAACCUCUAAACCCUCCUCAGGAGCUCCUGAAUGCCUACCCCAAUAACCCACAGGCCACCGCAGAACUGGUAGCGCGGUACGUUUCCUUGAUCCCUUUCUUGCCUGACACGGUUUCGUUUGCUGGUGUCUGUGAUCUCUGGAGCACAUCUGAUCAAUUUCUUGAUCUCCUGGCAGGAGAUGAAGAGGAGCACGCAGUCCUGCUGUGUAAUUACUUCCUGUUCCUGGGGAAGAAGGCCUGGCUGGUGAUGGGCAACGCGAUUCCCGAGGGUCCAACUGCCUAUGUGCUAACUUGGGAACAAAAUCAUUAUUUAAUAUGGAAUCCCUGCAGUGGACAUUUUUAUGGACAAUUUGAUACAUUCUGCCCCUUGAAAAGUGUGAGCUGUUUAAUUGGUCCUGAUAAUAUUUGGUUUAAUAUUCAACAAUAUGAUUCUCCACUAAGGAUAAAUUUUGAUGUCACCAAGCCCAAGCUAUGGAAAUCUUUUUUUUCAAGAAAGCUUCCAUAUCCUGGCCUUUCCAGUGUUCAGCCUGAAGAACUAAUUUAUCAACACACAGAUAAAGCAGCUGCAGCUGAGCUACAAGACAGGAUUGAAAAAAUGCUAAAAGAAAAAAUCAUGGACUGGAGACCGCGUCAUCUGACCCGGUGGAACAGGCACUGUACCUCCACUCUGCGCCACUUCCUGCCUCUGCUAGAAAGAAGCCAUGGGGAAGACAUGGAAGAUGACCACAGAGCAGAACUGCAGAAACAGCUCGGAGACUACAGGUUCUCUGGAUUUCCCCUUCACAUGCCCUAUUCUGAAGUGAAGCCUUUAAUUGAAGCUGUGUACAGCACCGGAGUACAUAAUAUCGAUGUUCCUAAUGCUGAAUUUGCUUUAGCUGUGUACAUCCACCCGUAUCCUAAAAAUGUUUUGUCUGUCUGGAUCUAUGUUGCUUCCCUCAUACGCAACAGGUAAUCUUUCCACUGUGCUUUUUGUAUCAUGUAAAAACUGUAAUUAGUAUCUGAGAAUAUUUUUUAAAUUAUAUUGAUCACACUAAAAGUAUUAUUUUUUAAAUAAUGAAAUAAAAUUAUGAUCCUAUUUUCAAACUACGCUGUUUAUCUAU